AUGCCGCCCGGCGUGCCAGUCUCGAAGGAGACGCUACGAGCGCAAGGCGUUUCGAACGCGAGCGAGCUGGUGCUGGAGCUGUGGAAGAGCCUCUACAGGCUCAAGCAGGCAGGCCGGCUGUAUAGCUAG